CUACUUGUGCUCAAGCUCAAACUUAUGCUGUAACGUAACCAUGUCACGCUCCGUAGGGCCGUGCUGCAUCUUCUACUCGAGGGCCAAUCACUCUUCCCAACCCCUGUCUCAGGAACCGGGAUGCCUAACUCGACCCAGGAAAUGUAUGGCUCCCUUCCGACCAAUUUGGACCCCAACAUGGACCAGUUUUUCUCCUUUUUUCUUGCGGCUUGUGUGGGUGUAGAUUGUGAACGAAAAAGAGAUUUCUCCUUCCUGUCUCCACGGGCCUAUGACGGCCAGCUCCCCCGUGUUGAUCAUUGGUCUGGCCACUGCGGAUCAACCUCUCGACUCCAUACCAUGCCGCGGUCAAACCAAUCCAACAUAUAAGGCUACGGUCAAGUGCGGUGCGGGGUACAAAUUAACAAGCCAUAAAUACCCUGUAUACCUCGUAUAUUGUCAGAUUUUAGACCGUAACUAUGCCACUGCCCAGGUAGAUUACUCAUGCUUACCGGGGACUGCGAUUGCUCUAAUAAGCAUGCUUCGGAAGGGAAAGAUACUCAUUGGUGCCAGUGACUUAAUUUCCAGUCUCUAGAAAUACAAUAAGUUCUCUCCUUUCUUGGCUAUUUGUUCCAUAGAUGGUGUGCAUUUAAGUCUGAACAUUGAAAUGUACUUGCUCCAGGC